CUUUCAGUGCAUACACACAUACCAACCAGCAUAACACCAAAAUACACUGAAAUCCAGGCUACAACUACACGGGACUGCACCUCCACCUCUAUCUGACUUCAGACUCUGCUGCAGAUUGUUGGAUUGUACUGAGAGUUUUUAUUUUUGCCUUUUUUUUUUCUUCUUCAUGUUGGAAAAGCUUCUUUCUCCUGUUCUCUGUGGUAUGUGGAUCUGGGAGCGACCAUGUUAUUAGGCAGGUGAUAAAAGGAGAAGCCGGCUGCUCUCUCCCAGCUUAAAGAAGACCCAGGACAGGAAGUGACAGAGAUACACAGCGUCGGAGUCGGAGGGGGAUUCAGCACAGCUAAGAGAAAACCAGAAUGAAAGCGCUGCUGUACCACUGACAAGCAGAACUGGAAUGAUAUCUUGACCUUUUUUCCUGGAAGUGACAAAGUUAGCGAUGAGCGGGGGGAUAUAAUGGCCAAGAACAAGGAUGCGCGCCCCCCGACAUUCGCCGUCAGUGUGGUUGGCCUCUCGGGGACGGAGAAAGAGAAGGGAAACUGUGGCGUGGGCAAGUCCUGUCUGUGCAACCGAUACGUGCGUCCUGAUGCGGACAGCUACUACGUAGAGCACACCUCGGUGCUCAGCACAAUAGACUUUGGGGGGCGCGUGGUUAACAAUGACCACUUCCUGUACUGGGGGGAGGUGUGCCACCGCGGGGACGACGGGUUGGACUGUAAAAUCCAAAUCAUCGAACAGACAGAGUUCAUCGAUGAUCAAACGUUUCUUCCGCAUCGGAGUACCAACCUGCAGCCGUACACCAAACGGGCGGCGGCGACCAAGCUCCAGUCGGCGGAGAAGCUCAUGUACAUCUGCACGGACCAGCUGGGCUUGGAGCAGGACUUUGACCAGAAGCAGAUGCCUGACGGGAAGCUGAACAUCGAUGCCUUUAUGCUCUGCAUCGAUGUCAGCAAGGGUUGCAACAGGAAGUUCGAUGACCAAAUGAAGUUCGUCAACAGCCUCUACUCCCAAAUUGUUAAAUCAAAGAAGCCGAUUGUUGUUGCUGCCACGAAAUGUGACGAGUGUGUGGACCAGCAUCUGAGGGACCUUCAGGCCUUUGUAGCCAGCAAGAAGAAUCUGCUGCUCAUUGAGACGGCAGCACGCUCUAACGUCAAUGUGGAGCUCUGCUUCAACGCCCUUAUCCAGCAUCUGGAUAAAACAAGGGGGAAGCCAAAAACUGUGCCAUACAUGGACGCCUAUAAAAUCCAACGGCAGCUUGUUGCCUCGGUAACGGAUCGAUUUGAGAAAGUGAUGGUGCAAACGGUGAGAGAUUACCACACCACGUGGAAAACUGUGAACAAUAAUUUGAAGGGUCAACCCGACUACGAGGAGUUCAUCACCUUGGAGGGCUCCAGGAAAGGCCGAAACAUGUUCACUAAGCACAUUGCACAACUGAAGCAGGAGCACAUCAGGAGGAGGAGGGAAGAGUACCUGACGACGCUGCCGAAAACCCUUAACAACCUCCUCAAUCACCUGGAGGAGGUCGAGCACCUCACAUGGCCCGAGGCGCAGAGUUUGAUCCGGAACCGGUCCGAUUUCCAGUAUUGGUUUGUGGUUCUUGAACAUACGCCAUGGGACGAGACGGACCACAUCGACAACAGCGACCGCAGGAUACCGUUUGACCUCCUCAGCACACCCGAUGGUGAGAGAAUCUACCAUAACCACGUACAGCACCUGAUGUCGGAGAAGAGGAGGGGGGAGAUGAAAGAGAGGUUCAAGAAGACGCUGGAUAGAGUUCAUUUUAUCAGUCCGGGGCAGCCAUGGGAGGAAGUCAUGUGCUUCGUCAUGGAGGACGAGGCUUACAAGUAUAUCACAGAAUCAGAUAGGAGGGAUGUUUACUGUAGACACCAGCAGGAAAUAGUUGAAAGGGCCAAAGAGGAGUUUCAGGAAAUGCUUUUUGAGCAUGCUGAGCUCUUCUACGACUUAGAUCUGAAUGCCACCCCCAGCUAUGACAAGAUGAGCGAAAUCCACAGUGUGCUAAACGAAGAGCCCAGAUAUAGAGCGCUUCAGAAACUCGCCCCAGAUAGAGAGUCACUUCUCCUCAAACACAUUGGCUUUGUUUACCAUCCCACAAAGGAGACAUGCCUGAGCGGGCAGAACUGUGUGGAUAUGAAAGUGGAGCAGGUUUUAGCAAACAGGCUGGUGCAGCUCGACCACGGACGCUCUAAUCUCUACUACAACAGUGCCAACAUCGAUAAGAUCAACCUCUGCCUUCUGGGAAGGGAGGGUCUCGCACAGGAACUCGCGAAUGAGAUCCGAGCUCAGUCUACGGAUGAUGAAUACACCCUGGACGGUAAAAUUUAUGAGCUGGAGCUUCUUCCCGUGGAUGUCAACUCCACGCUGCUCUUCAGCCAUACGUGGGUCUCCACGUUCAAGCCGCACGGCUGCUUCUGUGUAUUCAAUUCCAUAGAGUCCCUCAACUGUAUUGGAGAUUGCAUAGGCAGGAUCAGAGCAGAGAUAACACAGAGUAGGAGAGAUAGGUUUGCUCAGCCACUACCAUUCAUUCUCAUCCUGGCCAAUCAGAGGGACAGUGUUUGUAAAAACAUACCCAUCUUAAGGCAUCAGGGCCAACAGCUGGCAAACAAGCUGCAGUGCACCUUUGUUGACAUUCCCUCUGGGGCCUUUCCACGGAAAUUUACUGAGUUCCAAAUUAAGCAAGGACUCCGAGCAGUCCUAGAGGGACUCAAACACAACUUUGAUGUCUUGGCCCCGCUUCCCUCUAUCAAAGACAUGUCAGAGACAGAUCUAAGGAUAGUUAUGUGUGCCAUGUGCUGGGAUCCCUUCAGCGUUGACCUCAUCCUCUCGCCCUUCCUAGACUCUCACUGCUGCAGUGCAGGACAGCCGGGCCAGAGCAACACACUCAUACUGGACAAGAUCAUUGGGGACAGUAGGAGGAGGAUCCAGGUCACUGUCCUGUCCUAUCACUCUGCUAUCGGUGUCCGCAAAGAUGAACUGGUGCACGGCUACAUCUUGGUCUACUCUGCCAAACGUAAGGCCUCCAUGGCGACCCUGCGGGCGUUUUUGGCCGAGGUGCAGGACGUGAUCCCUGUCCAGAUGGUGGCUAUCACUGACAGCCAGGCGGACUUCUUUGAGAAUGACGCCAUCAAGGAGUUGAUGACGGAGGGGGAGCACAUUGCGACAGAGAUUGCUGCCAAGUUCACAGCGCUGUACUCACUGUCACAGUAUCACAGGCAGACAGAGGUUUUCACACCUUUCUUCAAUGAAGUGUUGGAGAAGAAGCCGAACAUCGAGAGCUCCUUCCUGUUUGACAGCUCGUCUCGGGAGUGCACCACCGGAGCCAGCGAAGACGUCUUCCCCACAUCGCCCCACAGCCAUUCUCCAGCCUACAACACGUAUUACCCAGAGUCUGAUGACGAUAACGAAGCCCCCCCACCUUACAGUCCCAUAGGUGACGACGUUCAGCUUCUCCCCACUCCCAGUGAGCGGGCCAAAUACCGGAUCGAUCUGGAGGGGAACGAGUACCCGGUCCAUAGCACACCUGUUGGAGACCAUGAACGCAACCACAAAGUGCCUCCUCCGGUCCGCCCCAAACCGGUGCUCCCCAAGCCUAAUGUCAAAAAGCUGGACCCCAACCUGCUGAAAACCAUUGAGGCUGGCAUGCGAAGCAACCGCAGGACGCCACGUGGCCCAAUGACACACGGCGAGGAUGUGGAGGCGUCAGAAAACUAUGCAGACCCUGUGGACACGUUGCUGAGGUCCAGAGGCUUCAACAACGAUGACAUAUACGCUGUGCCUGAUGACACACACAGCCGCCUGGUCAAAAUCAGAAACUCAUUCGGUGGGUUACACGGUCUCCACGUAGGAGGGGAGGAAGAGAACGGAUUCGAUCGCAAGUCUCAGGCUGGACGACGGCCGUCAAAAUACAAACACCGCUCUAAAAUCCUGUUCAGCAAGACGAAAGCCUACCAAAGACGGUUCCACUCGGACAGCGACGGGGAGGAGUCCGGCCCCGCCACGCAGAAAAAGAAAAAGGGAAGAGCCCACCGAGGCAGCGAGGAGGAUCCGCUGCUGUCACCUGCCGACCCCUGGAAGGGCGGGAUAGAUAACCCCGCCAUCACCUCCGAUCCUGAGCAGGAGGACAAGAAGAUGAAGAAGAAGAAGACGCCCAAGACGCCAAAGGAACCGAAGAAGAUUCAUUACACACAACUGAAGUAG